GUCGCGCGUUGUAUGGAGGGGCAAAAAUAUGCUCAGACCAUGUCGCAACGCCCCGGCUCACAGCCUUCGAAGACGCCCUUAUUCGAUACUGCCGGUUCCGGCCUCAAACGUAACAGCAAGCCAGUGAAGCCAACUCGCGUGAUGUCGGACGACGACGAAAGCGAGGACGAACUCAAUUCCUGGCCCUCUACAUCACAGCCACGUCGAGAGGAUACUUCAUCUGCUCUGCCCGAAACGUCGGAUGUCAUAAAGACGUUGAAAUUCAAGAAGAAGAAACCGGAGGACGGGACAGGUGCCCCGACAUCCAAAGAGAACGCUGGUGUUGUGGACAGGAAAGCGACUGGUGGAGAUAUUGAUUGCACUUCAGAGAAAGCAACGACGCGUCCGUUACGCGACAACCCCUCUCACCGAAACUCAAGUCCAGAGUCGCGUUCGACACAACCGGCAAUUCGUCGUACGGCUAGCCAAACAGAGAACUCGAAAAAGCGCGUGCCACCAACAACCACCAAGUCCCUGCAACGCAAGCAGAGCGUUGAUGAUGACGGUGACCCAGGUCCGAGUCGUAGCAAACGACCGCCAGUUGGCAGCACGAGCACCCUUUCGAUCCCACAACUUUCCCCCACUACCAAAACCAGAAUUCGCCCCCAGCCACGAAAAAAGGAUCCCAUGGCCGAGUUUCCUGCGCUUUCUCCGCUUGGAAAACAUGGCUCCCGCAAAGGGAAGGAACGCGAGACAGAAGUGGCCUCGACAUCUCGACGCGUCAAAUCCAAACCUGACCCAGCUCCUUUCCCGAUCCUUUCUCCAGUACGGGAUACAACUCCGAAGAAGCCUCCCAAGAAACCAACCGAAUUCCCCGCGCCCUCCCCUUUACGAAUCAACGCUGAGCCUGGUAAAACAAAGAAGAAACCUCUCGAGGCGCGCCCGUUCCCCAUGGACUUUGAGUCGAGACCGUCGCCGCCAAAACGGGGGUCGUCAGAUAUAGAAUUUGAGCAAGAGCCCAAGAAGAAGCGUAAACGGAGUCAAUCACGCACACCUGCCAUCGCGCAUGAUCAGGAAGACGAUAGCUUUUUCAUGGCACCCAAUACUGAUCCAAAAACACUCUGUCCGUAUUGUGAUGGUCCUUUGCCGCCAGAUCCUACUCCGCAUCUUCAAAGUCUAUUAGAGCAAACGCUCAAGAAAUCGAGACCUGAUCCUCGCCCGGCGAACCCUCUAGGGCGAAGGGCCCCAAUGGCAGCAUUCAUUGGAGUAUGUCAACGCCAUCGGUUUGAGACUGAAAUACUUCCCGAAGCUGAAGAGAAAGGAUGGCCAAAGACGAUCGACUGGGAAGAUGUUAGGAGCCGUGUCCAAGCUAUGGAAUGGCAGCUCCGUCAAAUUGUGAACAAUACUGGAGAUGAUGAUGAAUCUGCGCCGGAAAGUUCUCAAGCCAUCCGAGGCGCAAGGCGGCAGUGUCUCUUUUGGCGAGAUAUGAUAAAGGAAAUCAAGGCUAAAGGCAGCAAAGGUGUUCAAGGCGUACAAGAACAAUUCGCCAACUUCCAUAAAACACAACCUGGAUACUACGGCGAAAUGGGCUCAGUCAUCAUCCACCAAGCAUUAUACGAUAUGUUCCCCCUCACUGCUAUCGAACCCCAACUCGUCAACCCUCUAACGCCCCACGAAUUUAUCCAACGGAUUCUAGUUCCCGAGGUGGGCAUGCGGCUAGUUAUACAAGAUCGAAAUCUCGAUGCGGAAAAUAAGGCCGAUAGGAAAUGUGCGGUAGCGAUCCUCAGGGCAAGCGCCACCUAUGGUGUUGCCAUGUUCCCAGACGAGAGUGGGCAAACUGCAGGUGAUGAUGUUGGGGAGCAAUUAAUCAUGGAACGGGCGAUGAGGCGACGGUUGGAACUCGAAGCUGAAGAACGGGAGGAGGAGGAGAUGGCCAAACGGGUGGCCCAAAAGAGUAAGAGAUCAGGCAAACGCAAGGCCAAGACAAAAGACUCGGAGCCUGAAGACCUACCUGUCGAGCGGCCUCGACCACGACCGAAACCGAAACCAAAGAAGCCACAACAAAAUCUCAGAACAGACUCCAGCGGCAUGGAUUCUGACUCGGCGGUGGACAAUCCUCCAACGACAAAGAGCAACUUCUCGACAGGCUCUAACAUCACCCCUCGUCGCAGUCGCAGCCGAAGUCGAAUUAGAUAUCUUUCUCAAAGCUCGGAUGACCAUCUUCCUUGCGAUGAAGCCCCUACGACUCUCAAAAAGCGGUUUAAGUCGGUGGUUAGCAUUUCCGAUUCCGACUCGACGAGACCAAGACAGACGCGAAGCGGCGCUACGAGCAGGGUGGCUUCAGAUGUUGCAGACAUGGUGAUAUCAUCCAGUGAGGAGGCUGACUCGGAUGUUGCUGUCCUUGGUGCACGCACGAAAGUUGAAACGAAAUCCCGAAAGAAAACGCAGGCUACUUUGGCUAUGGAUGAACAAGAUCAGGAGGCUACGCCUCGUCCUGCUGCUCGUACCAGCAAGAUUUUACUCUCUUCCAGUUCCUCUGCUUCUCACGGUGAAUUCCGUCCCCUCGAUGCAGCUCGCAACCGGGCGAAGACAACGGCCACUGAUCAUGGCCAAAGCUCUCCAAGGAAGAAUUCCACGGACGGUUGGAUCAGAACUAUGGCUGUGGAACCACACUACGAUGACGACGACGACGAUAAUAUCAGGCCCCCACAGGGUAGUCAGAGCUCUUCCUCGUGGCUGCUUGAGGCCUAA